AUGAAAUUUGUUAAUCAUUGGAGUCUGUCAGUUGAUGCAAUGUCUAUUUUGUUGAAAUCAUCUAUCUUACAACCUGACAUAUAUUAUGCACGACAGUGUCUGUUUCGAUUUGUUAAAGAUAUCGAAGCGCUGUACGGGAUAGAACACGUUUCAUUUAAUGUCCAUCUACUGACACAUUUAGCACAAACUGGUUCUAAUGCUGCAAAUUUACAAAUUCUUGAAUGUUUUCGAUCAAAAAUGGCUUUUGAAAAAUUAUUUGCUUCGAUAGAAAGUAAAUUAUCAGCAGAGCAACUAAAAUAUUGA